GGUCCAAAAUAUGAUUCGUUGGCAUUGUUGAGCCCGCUGAUGAGGAACCGGACGGAAGAUAUGGCUGUGAGAAGAGACAAAUACGACUAUGAAUAUGGUCGUGGUGUUGGGAUGAUCGAUGACAACAUUACAGAGGAGUAUAGGCUGAAAAAAAUUGCGGAAGAAGAAGCUCAAAAAACCAAGAAAGCUAGUAGCAAAAAAUCUAACGUUACUGGAACGAGGAAAGAGGGCAGUACCUCGGAGGCUUCGAGCCAGAAGCCUACUAUGGACCGGAUUUUGAGUGAGAUGAAUGAGCUUCGGAAGGAAAUGCUUCGUUUGCCAGAGUUAUGCGCACAGGUAACACUUGAGCACGUCUCUUUAAUGUCCAUCACUGAAUUGAAGAACUAAGAUGAAAUGUUUUCUUGCAGAGAAUGAUUGAGAAACUGAACAAA